GUGCGGAGCAUCAGGGGACCCCCAUUAUAGUGAUGCUCGUGAGCAUCUGAUAUUAUAGUGCAUUAUUGUUUCUCCGCGAUGGGAAUUUAUUUAUGCUCUUUCCAGAUCCAUGUGCGUGCUCUUAAAUAAGACUCGUGAUCGCGUUUCCUGUUCCAACGGCUGGGAAUAAACUUUCCCUUUUUUUUUUUUUACUCGUAAGGACAGAACAGAUCUGGUGUAUCACAAUCAGAUUUAAGUUGCAGAAAUGAGGGAAAGGUUCGCUUUCUAUCUUCUCAUCUUCGCGAUAACGCUGUUUUGGCACACGAGCUCAGUGUCUGCAGAUGCCACAACAGAUGCCUUCAAAAACAACAUCACCCUAUUCACUCGAAUCCUGGACCGCCUUUUGGAUGGCUACGAUAACCGACUGAGACCAGGACUGGGAGAUCGAGUCACCACAGUAAAGACAGACAUCUACGUCACCAGUUUUGGCCCUGUUUCAGACACCGAUAUGGAGUACACCAUUGACGUGUUCUUCAGGCAAAGCUGGAAAGAUGAACGGCUGAAGUUUGAGGGACCAAUGAAUAUUCUGCGUUUGAACAACCUGAUGGCCAGUAAGAUCUGGACUCCAGACACAUUCUUUCACAAUGGGAAGAAAUCUGUUGCACACAACAUGACCAUGCCCAACAAACUACUGCGUAUCCAAGAUGACGGCACCCUACUCUACACCAUGAGAUUGACGGUGCAUGCUGAGUGUCCAAUGCAUCUCGAGGAUUUUCCCAUGGACUUCCACUCCUGUCCGCUCAAAUUCGGCAGCUAUGCCUACACAACAACGGAAGUGACGUACACCUGGACAAAGAAUGCAUCUAACUCUGUGGUGGUAGAGGAGGAGAGCUCUAGACUCAACCAGUAUGACCUAAUGGGACAAACUGUGGGCAACGAAACCAUCAGAUCCAGCACUGGUGAAUAUACGGUGAUGACGGCUCACUUCCACCUGAAGAGGAAGAUUGGUUAUUUUGUGAUUCAGACGUACCUCCCAUGCAUCAUGACUGUCAUCCUGUCCCAGGUGUCCUUCUGGCUGAACCGAGAGUCCGUUCCGGCCCGGACUGUGUUUGGCGUGACCACAGUACUGACUAUGACUACUCUGAGUAUCAGUGCCCGAAACUCACUGCCGAAAGUGGCCUACGCCACAGCCAUGGACUGGUUCAUCGCCGUGUGUUAUGCCUUUGUCUUCUCCGCACUGAUCGAGUUUGCCACCGUCAACUAUUUCACCAAGCGUGGCUGGGCUUGGGACGGAAAGAGCAUAGUCAAUGACAAGAAAAAGGAGAAGGCCUCAGUCAUCAAGAAAAACAACGCAUACGCUGUUGCUGUGGCGAACUACGCCCCCAACAUCACUAAGGACACCGUCCUACCCACCAUCGCUAAGGGGAGCAUGGCAGAGCCAGGGAAGGCCAAAGUCGACGGAAAACCAGCCGAGUCUAAGAAAACCUUCAACAGCGUGAGUAAAAUUGACCGCAUCUCCCGCAUCAUGUUCCCAGUCCUCUUCGGGACUUUCAACCUGGUGUACUGGGCGACGUACUUGAACAGAGAACCCGUGAUCAAAGACAUGGUGCCCUCGAAUUAGAGACCUUCCUGGGUUGCCAUGGGUUUCACAAAAGCAGGACAAAAGACUAGGCCAAAACCACCUAGGGACUUUGAAUACAUCAUGCCCCAGUGCUCUUUCCCCAUCUGCUCCCAAACAGACGUGCCAUGGAUUGUUGCAAAAUGCCUUUCUAUCUCUAUCUCUCUCUGUCUCGCUCUCAUCUCUCUUUUCUACAGCUUUUUAAGCAGAGCUUUUGAAAUGACAUUUGCCUUUGUACAUAUGUACAUACUGAAAAAGACGUGUUGUGUAAGUUCACAACGUUUGGUUUUGACGUGUUCUGCACCGUGUUAAUUUGUGGUCAGAGUUCUCCUGAAAUCUGACUUUGGACCACUCUCUGUGAUCUAGACUAGCAAAUUAUAGUGAUUUAUUUAUUUAUCAAAAUGGUGUAAAUGUUACUAUUUUUGUGAUGGUGCUUGUUUUUGAGUAGCCUGUUAUUUUUAUAAGACCAAGCUCUUUUGUGGUUAUGGUCGAAUAUUUUGUUCUGGGCCCAUACACAAAAAAGACAUGAAAACAACUGUUUACACACAUUUAUGAAUCAUUGUUGAUGUGUGUGUUUUUUUUGUUUUUUUUGUGCUGUCAUUUUCUUAACUUGUAUUGAACCUAAAAUGUUCCUUUAACUGCAUUUUGGAUUAUAACAAAAUGUUAAAAUGGUUUUGGACCGUUUUUUUUUUAUAUAUAUAAAUCCCUUUAUCUUUAAUGCAGCAGCCUAUGAUAGGGUGAUGGGGGAAGCUCAAACAUCCUGAACUUUAAAGUCAAAAUGAAACAGCAUUCGCAGCCCAGUUUAUUUCCGAAAAAAAAACAGAUAUUCAACAAAUAUACGUAUAUACGACCAAAGAUGACCAAUUUCCAACGACCAGGUGGUUGGGGGGAGGGGUUAGCAAAGAAUACAGCUUUGUGAUAGGGUUGCCAACUGUCUCGUAAUAGAUGGGACGUCCAAUAUUUUGGCCAAAAUUAAGACAACCUGAACAUCCCAUCCCGUAAAGAGGCAAAACAUUAGCCCCCCACCCCGUUUGGACAGUCGUCAAAUUUGUCAACACCGAAUCAAAAAAGUGUUGAGGUGCUCAAUGGGCAGAAGCCAAAUCAACAUUAAGAGUGUUUAAUUAAAAGCUAUUCGUACCUUAUAAAUACUUAAUCUCACCUUUUAAGCCUGAUCUUAUGAAAAUUGCAUGCCAUGGCAACAUUUUUGCAAAACAACAUUAUGUGGUUCAUUACAUGUCUUGCGGCAGUUCUGAGGUGAAAUUUCCACUGUGUGGCGCUAAAAGCGUGUUUGUUCUCCCAAACAGAAUAUGUUUAUAAGGUUAAUUCUCUAUUGAGUUUUAAAUCAACAAAACCGACCUCCCUACCCUAAACCUUACACAUAAACCUAACCAAUAGUGUCUUAAAAGUAACCAUGAGAUAAAAAACUAAAUUUCUGUAGAAAGCAUGUAAUUGUGUUGUGCUUCUAUGACACUUUCAGCUCACGUUUUGAAUUGCGUGUUCUUCAGGACUCGUACCCCAGUCCUUCACAUCACAAAUCAGUUCAGCUACCACACAAUUUGAUCACCUUCUAACAAGCUUGUAGUUAGUUAUGUAAUGCAAACAUUGUAUCGCCUCACAAGUCAUGUGCUAUACUACAAGUGUUUACAAGUCAUAAAAUAGCAUUGUGUGAGGAACAGAGUAAAAAGUAAGUGUUUUAUGAACUGGUAAUUUGCCGCUUUACUCGUGAUAAGUGUAAAAGUGAUUAAAAGUUGUUGUUGUAGCGCCUCUAGUGUUCACCAGGAAACUGCUGCUACAUGUACAAUGAGCCAUUAUUAAAAAUGUAGGUAUAGCAGGACUGGGAAGAGAUAUCGGCCUGCAAUUUUACAUAGCAACUGGCCCAAAGUUGUUGUUCGUGGGGAAGGGUGAUUGGCCUGGGUUCGCUGUGCUUUUCUGCAUAUCGCGGCACCGUUAUGUGGUCUGUUCAUCACAGCGCUGUGGCUCAUUUUAGCUUAUCGCGGCCAAUUCUGCCCAUUUCGCGGCCAUCCCACCGGCCCGCUCGGUUCUCCCGAUGGCCAUUCCAUCCCCGAUCAGCCCCAAAGUGCGUCGGCCCACCGGGAAAAUGCUUGGUAUGCCAGAUUACCAGUCCAGCCCUGAGGUAUAGUAAUGUGAUUCUUUGAGACCAGUUUGCAAUUUUCUAUGCAUUGCUUUAAUCCAUUAUAAUACAAUAAAUCCACUAAAUGUAACAGCUCAGGUUGAAUAGAGCUUUCCUCACGAGCCUCCUACAAAGGUAAAGUGUGUAAUUUUUUUCAAAGAUAAAAUGCUUCUUUCAUCCGUAGGUUGAGUCUAGAGAUUCAUACAUUUACACACUUCACCUUUCAAACUGGAACUGAGGAAAUGAGUGAACACAUUAAAAACACUUCAAAUAAAACGAUGAUAUUUGCUGAUUUCAAGUUCAGUAAUUUCCUCAUUGUGCCACUGUGCUUUCCUUGUAUUGGAAACCUACUGCUGACAAUGAUUUUUGGACCAAAAGACCGACAAGUGCUUCAACUAAUGCAUGUUUACAACAAUUGUUUACCCUCCAAAAUGAAACAAAAUAUUUUUUCUCUUAAAAUGUAUCGUGUUCCUUGUAAAACAUCAUGCAGUAAUGUUGUAAAAAUGUCAUUGACUCUGAAUUCCACAAAUUCUGAAUGCCUGUCACAGAGUGAACAACAUAUUUUUUUGUAUAUAAUGUAAAGAAUAUUUGUUCAUAUAGAUAUUGUUAUUGUACGCUUGUGUAUGAUUUACCAUGAGCCUGUUUUAUGUUGUCUGUUUGUACAGUUUUAUACACAUACACACACGCAAAAGUCAAAAUAAGCAUUUUUUUUUCUUUUAUCAAGCAAACAUUGGAUUCAAAGUCAAAAGUAUUUUUGAAGGAAAUAUGUAUGUUAAUUUAGGCAUGCUGUGGCCUCUUCUUAGCUAUAUAGUACAUGAUCAAAUCAUUCUGGAAUGUGUACAUUGAUGUUACUAUUAUUUAGUACUAUUUAUUACCGUUCAUUUUGCUCAUUAUAAUAUAAACAUAUACUUUUCUAAUGUUCAAAGUGACAAUAUGUUUCUUAAUAUUGUUUUUCAGACGAAAUGUAUUUAAUUAUUUAUUGAGAUAUAUAUACUUAUAUAAUAAUUUAUGAUCAUCUGCAUUUUUUUAUAUGUAUUUGACAUGCAUUCAUCAUAUUAAAACAAUUUU